AUGCCGCCCAAACAGUGGAUUGACAAGAAGAACGCGAGCAAGUUCCAGCUCUUUCACCGGUCUCAAAAUGACCCGUUGAUCCACGACACCAAUGCGGAUGACCGUUUCCUGUACCAGGUCGGAGGUCCCGCGCCCGCGCCCGCAUCGACCACAUCGACCACAUCGAAGAAGUUGCCAAAUUUGUCUGAUCUACGAACCGAAUAUGGCGACAGUGCUCGCGAAAAUGAGGGCGAGGCUGCCAACUACGGCGUCUAUUACGAUGACUCCAGCUACGAUUACAUGCAACAUCUCCGCGAGCUGGGAAGCGGCACUGGAGAUGCGUACUUCGUCGAAGCCAAGAACGAGAAGGCCAAGGGCAGGGCUGGUCGAGGAAUGAAGUUGGAAGAUGCGCUGCGACAGGUCUCACUCGUGGAUAAAGAUACAUAUGGCCAGGGCGCCUCCACUGCUCCCAGUCUUUAUGGCUCUCAAUAUGGCGAUAUGCGCUCAACUACUUCGUCCUUUGUCCGCAAGCCAACCUAUCAGGACCAGCAGAACGUCCCAGACGCAAUUGCUGGAUUCAAGCCUGACAUGGACCCGCGCCUGCGAGAGGCAUUGGAGGCGCUGGAGGACGAAGCCUUCGUGGAGGAGGGUGACGCUGACGGAAUCUUUGGCGAAUUAACAGCCAAUGCGGAGGAAUUAGACGAGGGUGAAUGGGAGGAUUCUCUGUUCGACCACGAUGUCGAAGAUGACGGAUGGGAGUCGGAUGCUACGGAGAAAGCGCCUGUACAGCCGGACAGCACCGAGGCCCAUCGUUCAAUGGAUACAGAGGGGCCUGCGAAGCCACCAAUGGAACCCGGCGAGAUGCCUAAACACGAUGAGCCGGCUCCCGAUAUGGAGCCCACUGACCAGAGUUGGAUGAACGAGUUUGCCAAGUUUAAAAAAGAUGCUAAGGCUGGCAAUGCUCCCGCACCGGCUGCACCCACAAUCGCAGCAUCACAGACCAUGGCAUCGACCGUCUUCACUGCUGGCGGAACGCCGAUUCGCCGGAAGAAGCGCAAGGGUGCUCUGACCAACCCGUCUGCGUACUCGAUGACGUCGUCCGCUCUGGCUCGUACUGCCGGCCACCGUCUCCUUGACGACCGAUUUGACAAAGUUGAGCAGCUCUACUCUCUUGAUGAGGAAGACGAAUACGAUGACAGCAUGUCCAUGAUCAGCGGAAUGACAGGUGCGACUGGCAUGACGGGCAUGUCCACCGCAUCAUCCCAGGCCCCCAGUCUGAUCGAUGGUAACGGUGAAGCUGUGCACAGCCGCAGCACCUUCAACAACGUCAUGGAUGACUUCCUCUCCAGCUGGGACCCCAACACCAGUGGACAGGCCAAGCGACACGGCGCCAAGCACAAGCGUGGCCGGAACGGUAACGAGGCCAUUGGCAUCAGGAUGCUCGACGAGGUGCGAUCCGGUCUCGGCCCAGCUCGAAUCCGAGCCGAGAAGGGCAAAGUCUCCGGAAGAGCUUAG